GCUUCUGGGGUUUAGUAUACCCACAGACGCCAUGAUCAGCAGGAGGGGAAUCGUAUUCGCCGCUCUGGCCCUCUUCUUGAUCGCCUCCAGCCAGGGCUCGCAGUUUAGCCGGGACGAAAGCCAGGAGGAUCAAGAGACGGAGUUCAACCUGGCCUCCACUUUGACGGGCGGCAUAACCAGCAGUCGCCACCGCCAGCGGGCCCAUCUCAAUUCGCCGCUCUAUCCGGGGCUAAGUCAGCUAGGAGGGGGUUAUGGCGCGACAGCAGGCGCCACUGGAUCCAUCGACGAUGCCCAUGGCCAUGAGCAAGGUGGCUCAAGCGUACGCGUGGCCAGUACGAACUCUAUUGUUUUCCCCGGCAACCAGUUACCCAAUCCGGCACUAACAAUUACAGGAGGACACCAGUUCCCGGCAUACCCGCCGCCAGGAUUUCCAGGCCAACAGGCUCCAGUUCCGUAUCCAGCUGCAGGGGGUUCUGCUUCAGAAGGGUCUUCUUCGGGUGGUUUCCAAAGUACAGGUGCUGGUGGUGCUCCUGGUUAUCCUGCCGCGGGCACAGUUCCGGUUCAGUAUCCCACUGGAGUUCCUCCUGGAGCAGGAGCUCCAGGGUACUUUCCUGGCACUGGCGCCUAUCCUUAUCCAGGAGUGUAUUUGCAACAGUACCCAGCCUAUCCACAGCCAGCUCAGUUUCCGGCCUAUGGAGUGGUUCCGGGUGCAGUUGCCCAGCCAGGUGUUCCUGGAGUAGCUGGAGUGCCUGGAGUACAAGGAGUAGCCGGCGUUCCUGGAGUACAAGGAGUUGCAGGAGCAACUGGUUCCGGUCCUGCCACCAGCAGUCAGAACUUCCAUCGUUAUCCGGCUCACAACCCCGCCGAUCGCAACCACUUGGAUCACCACUUCUCCAUGAACACCGAGUACAAGGAGGAUGGAGUCCACAAGGGACCCUUCGGAGUGCUCAACAACCACAAUGCCUUCGGCUAUGGCAGUGGCUAUGGGGGCGGCUACAACGGCGCCUUCAACUCGCCGGCCUACUGAGGCUGGACGGGAUUACGGGUGUACCGUGAUGGUGGUGUUGAUGAGGCGUGGAGUAACCCGAGUCGUAGUCAUAAGUUGGCGGCUCCCUCCUUGACCAGGGGCAGCUGUCUCCGCCUUUCUUUCGAAGUGUUUGCCCUGCGAAACAAACUUGAUUUCUGCACACCCAACCAAGAUAAUUAGCAAUGCUGGCCAGUUACCAGUGACCAGUUGCACCUUGAACCGGAAAAAAUAAAGCACAUGCAUUCGGCUGCCAUACAGACAGAUAACCUUA